AUGGACAAGGCUAAGAAGGAAUUUGCGUGGCCUACAAGAAGGGAUGGAGACACGGUCCGCACACCACCCGCGUUCCGCAGGUCUUUCUUCCGGGCGGCUAUCCUGUGUACAACCGUCUGUGCUGUUGGUCUUCUCUAUCUUUCCAGCGGCCUCUACCGGACUUGUGGACACCUCAGUGGGUCCCACUCAGGUUCGCAAAACCCGGCCUACCUUAUCGAAGCACGACAUGGCGCAGUUGCAAGUGAAAACAAGCUCUGCUCAGAUAUCGGCGUCCAGAUUUUGAAAUCGGGAGGGAAUGCAGUGGACUCGGCCAUAGCUACUACAUUUUGCAUUGGAGUUGUCAACAUGUUCUCGUCUGGGAUCGGUGGUGGUGGAUUCAUGACUGUUCGUGUGCCGCCAGCGACCAAGGACGCGAAAUCAGACGUCUUCACUAUCGAUUUCAGAGAAGUGGCUCCUGCCUUAGCCAAUGCGACAAUGUAUCGCAAUAACCCCAAUGCUUCUCGAUUCGGGGGACUUGCGGUCGGCGUUCCUGGUGAGCUCAGAGGGUUGGAGGAAGCUUAUCGGAGGUGGGGUACGCUCCCCUGGUCGCGUCUCGUACAACCGAGUAUCGACCUAGCCAAGGGUUGGAAGGUCGAUGCAGAGUUAGCGAGACGGAUCACUUGGUUCCCGGAUUUGAUGCUCAAUACGUCGGACUGGAGCUCUAUCUUCGCUCCUCAAGGCAGAUUCUUGCGUGAAGGCGAAAUAAUCAGACGCGUCAAUUUAUCUCGUACAUUGCAAACAAUCGCGAACGAAGGUGCUGGUGCAUUUUACAAGGGACCCAUCGCAGAUUCGAUUGUUCGGAAAGUAAUCGCAACCGGUGGCAUACUAAGUCAAGCAGACCUGGAGAACUACUCCGUCCAUGUGGAUCGGGCUUUGGAAGGCACUUUCAAUGGCCGAAAGGUCUACACUUCCCGUGCUCCAACUUCAGGCCCAGUCCUCUUGCACAUGUUAAACUUGGUGGAGAACUACGAUUUUCGGCAGAAGACUCCUUUGAAUGUCCACAGAAUUGUCGAGAUCUUAAAGUGUGAGACGCGGGUUGGAGACCCUGCUUAUAUGAACGACACGGCAUAUAUCAACGAAAUCCCUACUAAAGCAUUCUCAAAUCUAAUAGCUGCUAAUAUCACUGAUGACCGAACACAUCCAUCAGACUAUUAUAACCCUAUCUAUGAUGUCAAGAUCGAUCAUGGAACAAGCCACACAUCUGUCGUUGAUAAAAAUGGCAUGGCAGUGGCACUUACUUCCACGGUCAACCUGAUUUUUGGAUCCGAAGUAAUGGACCCAGAAACAGGUGUCAUCCUGAAUGAUGAAAUGGACGACUUUUCGACACCUGACAAUUACCCAGAGCCCGGGAAGCGCCCACUGUCUUCAACGACACCCACCAUAUUUGAGCAUCCAGAUGGCUCAUUCUACCUAGCCAUCGGUGGCUCGGGAGGAUCUCGCAUCUUUGGGGCCGUCUUCCAAACCAUUAUUAACCUCGACUGGGGUAUGGACGUCAGCCGGGCCAUAGAAUCCGGCCGUCUGCACCACCAGCUUUAUCCAGAGGGUCUGGACAUUGACAGCACAUAUCCGCUGUAUAUUAUUGAGGCUCUGAAGGAGAUAGGUCACAAUGUCACCGUUGCCGACAUAAACAGAGUGGCCGCUGUCAUCCAGGCCGUAGUGCAGAAGGAUGGCAGGAUAUUUGCCGCGAGCGACUCCAGAAAGAACGGGAUAGCGGCAGGAUAUUGA